GUGUGACUUUUGGGCUGUAAAGAAUGUCACAGGGCGACUGAUGGUUGGCCUUCGCUGGUGGAACCAGGUGGAUGAUGAUGGCAGAAGUCACUGGGUAUUUGAAGCCAGAAAGGUCUCAGCGCAAGGGAGUAAAACUUCAUCAGAAGCAGAGUCCCGAAUUUUCUGGUUGGGUCUAAUUACCUGUCCUAUGAUCUGGGUGAUAUUUGCUUUCAGCGCUCUCUUUUCUUUCAAAGUGAAGUGGCUGGCAGUGGUUGUGAUGGGAGUGGUGCUUCAGGGAGCCAACCUUUAUGGUUAUAUCAGGUGUAAAGUUGGCAGCAGAAAGAAUUUGACAAGCAUGGCCACCAACUACCUUGGGAAGCAGUUCUUGCGGCAGACCGUGGCUAAAGAGGACCAAACAGCAUCCUGAGCGUGGUGGAAGCCUCAAGCCAGACUGGAUUCAUGGUAGUGGACAACAGAGAUGAGAUUUGGGAGCUACGUACAUGAGGUGUGAAUUAAAAGAAGUAAAUAAAUGUGCAAGACUUCAGGUUACUUCACUCCUAGCAACUUUUAUUCGAUUUUCCGCUAGCAGUUUGUGUUUCGGGCCUUUCUUUAGUUUGAUUAAUUAGGAUUAAUUUGCCUAAACUUUAAAUUAGAAGUUAUCCUAGGUGGCUGCCAUACAGGUUUAUAACUACUGGAUGAAUUAAGAGAAAAUUGCUGGACAUCCUUCUUCAGAAAAACCAUGCACAAGCCGAGCCUUCUUUUAUCCAAGAACUCCCCCAACUCCUCCAGCAGUUGGUGCCUCAAAUAGUUUCAGUUGUGGACUUUGCUGCGUUUUGUUCUCAGAGGUUGUUGCUGUUUCUGUUACGGAUUUUAGGUAGUGCUCUUCUGGCUCCACACCUCUCUCAUUCUCAGGUUUGAAGGUGGUUGCAGUGAAGGACAGCUAAAGCUGCUGUUGACUUAGCGAGAAGAUUAUUGAAGUCUUGUGGAAACUGCAGAAAGUGACUUCUGAGCGGCUCCAGACUUCGUUUUUUUAAAAUCUGCAGCUUUCUUGGAGGUCUCAGAAACAUCUUAAACCCCUGGAUUUGUGGGAAGUCCCUCUUCUACCUGCAGGCCUGUGUAUGGAGAGCGUAGCAAGAGUAAAACCGGGUUAGGAGGAAGGUCACAGGCACAAUUUCAGAGCAAUUCUGAGAGCAGUUGUUGUCUGAGUAAAGCUGUCAAAGCGAUGCCGUCCGGCAGCGUCGGCUGUGUUUGGUGCCAUCGUGUGUUUGGUGCCACGAGUCUUUCUCUGGCCAAGAAGGUGGUGGGUGUUUGAUCUGCAGUUUCCUCACCAGCCCCUUGGCGCAGGAUCGUGGGGAGCAGGACCAGCAGGGGUUUACAUUGGUUGAAUCCAUGCAGGGUGCUGUCCUCAGGCCACGCUCCCCACGGAGCCUGGAGGCUGGAAAAAACCUUGUGUAGGAUGGUGAGUGUUGGCUUAGAUGGCAGAAAGUGAUGUGUUUUGUCUGAAAAGCUCUAUGAAAGGGAUCGGUUCCUUCUUCUCGUGUCAUUCUGUUCAAGGCAGAUGAUGCUUUCGCAGCGGUGGAUGUUGUGAACUUUGGAUGAGGUGUUUUAAUUAAGAAUGUGGCUUCUUUUUUGAAUGAUGGGUAUUGUAAAUCGUGGGAUUGCGUUGACACACUCUCUCUCCCUGGACCGUAGCAAUACUCGGGAGCUGUACAUUUGUUUAACUCUUUGGAUUGAUACUUUUCCUUUUGUAAAUAUGUAUUUAUAAAAUCUUGAAAUUAAAAUAACAUUUUGUUUAACCAGA